GCAUAAGCUUGAAGCAGAACAAUGUCGACAAACAACCAAUCGAGCUGGCAAGCUCCCAAGAACUGGGAAUCCCGCCCGGUCUGCGUGCUAGGAGGCGGUGUCCUAGGUCGACGUAUCGGAGCAUGCUUCGUCGCAGCAGGCCACACCGUUCGCAUCCGGGAUCCAUCUCAGAAAGCUCGAGACGAUGCCGCCGAAUACAUCAAGACCAACAUCUCUGCAUUCACAGCCUUAAGCCAACGGGAGAAGGGAAGUGUGGAGGCUGUUGAGGAUUUUGCAGCAGCUGUGAAGGACUGCUGGAUGGUGAUUGAGGCGGUGCCGGAGGUCCUCAAGAUUAAAGAGGAGACCUUUGCGGAUCUGGAGGAACAUGCCCCUGCCGACUGUCUGCUGGCGACGAACAGUAGUUCCUACAAGAGUGGUGAGAUGGUGGGCCAGAUCAAGGACGAGACCAAGAAAAGGGUGUUCAAUGCUCAUUUCAUGAUGCCGCCGGAGGCUGUCAUCGUCGAGCUCAUGACAUCUGGAUACACAGACCAGGGAUCAUUCCCAUUCCUGGAGGAGCGAUUCAAAGAAGCUGGUCUGCAUCCGAUUGUCGCCCUCAAGGAAUCCACCGGAUUCAUUUUCAACCGCAUUUGGGCUGCUAUCAAGCGUGAGGUGCUCUCAGUCCUAGCGGAAGGUGUGGCAACGCCAGAGACGAUUGACUCGAUGUGGCGAGAGCAGUACGGUAGUCCGGUUGGGCCUUGCACAAUGAUGGAUUCCGUUGGGUUGGACACAGUCGAGCAUAUUGAGCAACACUACAUUGACGACCGUAAGCUCCCCACUUACCAUCUUGACUGGCUCAAGGACAACUACAUUUCCGCCGGCAAGCUCGGAAACAAGAGCGACAAGGGCGGUCUCUACAAGCCCAAGGCAUCCGGCGAGGGAACCAAGUUAUUGCUGCUGAAUGUCGGUUUGGGUGAACCUCUCCGCGGCAAGUCUCAGAAAGACAUCAUGAACGCUGGCCAGGUCCUCUCAUUCAACGUCGAUGACCGUAAUGCUCGUCCAAUCGAGCUGGUCGGCAAGCUGGCUCUCCCAGAUGGUAUCUAUGUCUCCAAGAAGACCAACAGGAUAUACUGGACCAACAUGGGCACCGUAAAAGGCAACGGCGGAUCGAUCCAGUCUUCCAAGAUGGACGGCUCAGACGUUCAGUAUGUGCUCAAGCCCGGCGAGAUUCACACACCAAAGCAGAUGGUCAUCGAUCAGGAGACGGAUCAAAUCUACGUCUGUGAUCGUGAGGGUUUGCGAGUGAUGAGAUGCAACUUGGAUGGAAGCAACCUGGAGACUCUAUACCGAACCGGCAACUGGGAGACCGAGCAGGAGAAAGUUGACGAUGGAACGUACUGGCCUGUUGGUAUCUCCAUCUCGAAGAAGCUGGGCAAAUUCUUCUGGACGCAAAAGGGUCAUGCCAAAGCUGACGAAGGUCGCAUUUUCUCCGCCAAUCUGAGAAUGCCAGAGAAUGAGACUCCGGAUAACCGCUCGGAUGUUGAAGUCGUUAUGAAGGGUUUGCCGGAAUGUAUUGACCUGGAGAUGGACGACGAGAGCGGAGUGCUCUACUGGACGGACCGAGGAGAGAUUCCUUUCGGCAACACACUGAACAAGAAGCAGAUGAUCGGGCCAGCUCCAGAGGCCGAAGGACAGCUGGGUCGUCAGAUCAUUGCACAAGGCCUUGGAGAGGGCAUCGGUCUGUGCCUGCACAAGGAGAGGAAGUGUCUGUAUGUGACAGAUAUGGGAGGACACCUGUGGAAGUGCAGUGUCGAUGGAGGUCCGAAGGAGAAGCUGUACGAGGGAGCGACGCAUGCGUACACCGGUGUGACGUUCUAUCAGUAUUAG